UCAAAUUAUGCAUUUACAGUAUAUAUCCCCACCUUAACUCUUCUUCUUCCUUUCCUUUCCCUUUUGAGCCCUAAUGAAAUCAAUGGAUAGCAGAAGAGUUUUGGUGGGGAGGAACAUCAUGUUCUUCUUCCUCAUCUGCGUGUUUGGUUGGAGUUUGAAGCUGUCGGAAGCUCAAAUGGUGCCGGCGUUAUUUGUUUUCGGGGACUCCCAAGUUGAUGUUGGAAACAACAACCACCUUUUCUUUUCCAUUGCCAAGGCUAAUUUUCCUCACAACGGCGUUGAUUUUCCGACCAAGAAAGCGACCGGAAGAUAUUCUAAUGGCAAGAAUGCAGCAGAUUUUCUGGCUGAAAAAUUAGGGUUGUCAAGUUCACCAGCAUAUCUUUCUUUGUCAAGUAACACGCAUGCAUCAUACAUGAACGGUGUUAGCUUCGCCUCCGGUGGUUCCGGAAUCUUGAAUACUUCCAGUCAAGUUCUCGGGCAAUCCAUACCUCUUUCGGAUCAAGUGAACAACUUCUUAUCAGUGCAUAAAGUCAUGCUGCAGAAGAUGGGAACUGAUGGUUUAGAAAAACAUUUUUCCAAGUCUCUUUUCGCCAUUGUUAUUGGUAGCAAUGAUAUCUUGAAUUACUUUGAAUCCGAAGAUGAAAAGGACACCCCGGAACAUCUUGUGAAUUUAAUGGUUAUCAACCUGAAAGCAGAAAUCAAGAAAUUAUACGGAUUCGGAGUGCGUAAAAUUUUGGUGUCAGGUGUUGGAGCAAUAGGGUGCGUACCAGCACAAAGAGCCAAGCACAGCACCCAUGAAUGCAAUGAAGAAGUAAACAUGUGGGUAGUUAAGUACAAUGAAGGGCUUAAAGAAGUAUUAAAGGGGCUGAAAUCAGAACUUCCAGGCCUAAACUACGCCUUCCUCGAUUUGUAUGGUAUCAUGCAAAAAGUCAUCCGAGAUCCAUCGGCUCACGGGUUUAAAGAGGUACGAGCAGCCUGUUGUGGCCUUGGGGAACUGAGAGCAAAAAUCCCUUGUUUGCCAUUUUCAAGCUACUGUCCCAACAGGGCAGAUCAUGUUUUCUGGGAUUUAUACCAUCCAACUGAGGCAAUGUCUCGCAUUGUUGCGGAUACCGUUUUCGAUGGCCCUUCCGAGUACUGUGUUCCCAUGAAUGUUCGGCAAUUAAUUGCUUCUUAAGUUUUUUUUUUUUUGUGGCCAAAAGAACAUCAGUAAAUUAAUGGCCGGGGGGGAAAUCGAGGCCUUCACCUCACACACACAAGCCAUGUUGCAAAUACUAGUGCUAAUCCACUAAUGUAUAAUGAUUAUAAUGCUUAAAGACUGAUUGAAUUUGGAUCUCAA